AACCUGCUUAUCAGGUUACUUCAUAGUUGUCCUUCAUCCGUGCGGUGACAGCAGGAGAUCUCACGAUCCAAAUCAUGUCCCUAAAGGUUUGGAAGUAUGUACUCAGCAUUCUCAUCCUGUUUGGAAUCAUCUCCCUGCUGUACACCAUUACCAUUGGGAAGAACUGGAACUACAACACAGUGUCAGUACUAGACGAGGUCCAGACCUGGAAUCGGUCAUCAAGUCUGUCUGAAAGGCUCCUGACAUUUCAACACUAUCACAUCUACUGUCCCCAUCUGCCCAAGCCAUUGUCACUUGAGGAUGAGGUGGAAGAACGCAAACUGUUAAACUCCAUCAUCUGGCCCCAGCUGCCUUCUGGUUCUGCACCACCCAGCUUCUUCCAGACGAGUGACCCGGCUCACAGCCGGUUUACAAUCGUAACCUCCAAAAUCAAGCCCAGUUGGAACGUGGGAGACCAGCUGGAAGUACAAAUCCAACUCCGUGACUUCAAGGGCCAACCCAAGCGCUACGGUGGCGAUUUGCUGUUGGCCCGGUUGCACUCCCAAAAACAUGAGGCGGGUGUGGCCGGGCAGGUCCUGGACCAUGAGAACGGACUGUAUACCGUUCGAUUCCCGCUGCUCUGGGAGGGCUCGGCUCAGGUUGACGUUAUGAUGGUCCACUCGAGCGAAGCCAUCGCCGUGUUGCGGCGGCUAAGGGAUCACCGGCUCGAUCGAGUGCGCUUCACCAGCACCUUUCGCCAAGGUGAUCAAUCUGAGAAGAUGAUGUGCCACAUAUGUCUGCCGCCAGAACUGGGGCCAAUCUGUAACUUCUCUGACGUUCGCACCGGUGAACCGUGGUAUUGCUACAAACCCAAAAUGCUCAGCUGUGACACCAGAUACAACCAUGCCAUGGGAGGAUACGCCAUAGACCUCCUCACCGAUGAGGAAACUUUGCUCUUUCAAAGUGACAAGAAUGUCAAAGUUCCCAUCUAUGCUUCCACAACAGAUACCAUCAACGUGCUGCCUUCCAGCAAAGACAAAGGCAUUCAAAAACCGGAUCCCGUGAAGCUAGCAACUUCUGGGUACUACUACCAGGGCUCGUGGAGGCCAUUGGGCGGAGUCCCCAUGGGCCAGUUCAACGACGCAUCUGCCAUCACUCAGUGUUUGACGAACAAGUCAGUCUACUUGUAUGGCGACUCCACUAUGCGUCAGUGGUACGAGUAUUUUACCAGUAUGCUUCCAGACUUGAAAAAGUUUUACCUGGGGAAACCUAUAAAGUUGGGGCCCUUUGUAGCGGUGGACACCAAGCACAACAUCCUGCUAUGGUACCGCAUCCACGGCCCCCCGAUGCGCACUCAGUGGGUCACGAGCAAUGACUUCCGCUACAUCGCUAACGAACUGGACGGCCUGACCGGCAGUCGCAACACAGUGGUGGCGCUCAGCAUCUGGGCUCACUUCACUACUUUGCCCGUGGAGGUGUACAUAAACCGCCUCCGGCAUAUCCGCAAGGCGGUGGUGCGACUCCUGAACCGGGAGCCGGGGACACUGGUGGUGAUCCGAACAGCCAACCCUCAGUCUCUGGAGCAAGAUGUCAGCCUGUACAACAGCGACUGGUUUUCACUGCAGCAGGACACGGUGCUGCGCUCCAUGUUCGAGGGUCUCAACGUUCGGUUUGUGGACGCUUGGCAGAUGGUGGUGGCGCACCACGAACCUCAUAAUCUGCACCCACUUAGGCCCAUUGUCAAGACCAUGGUAGACAUGAUGUUGUCCUACAUUUGCCCUCAUCGGUCCAGCAACAAUGUCGGGAUUUAAGAAAUGAAGAAUGUAAAGUUGUAACCGAAGGAGUAUUAAUAAAAAACAAAAAUUCA